UGCCAAUGUACAGUACGUGGUCGCGACACAAGCAAGCCGACACGCUCGACGAGUGUGAGGAUGUGCUUCGAGCUUCAUGGUCCUCCCCAGCGAGGGACCUGUUCUCCGCAACUUCCUGAAAUGGACCGCCAAAUUUAUCAUUUGCCGGGCCCCGAUAGGGAAAUCAGUCAGGCAGCAGGAUGGCAUAGGAUCAGGCUGAGAACAGCAUCCGGCUCUGCCGCUCUUCAGCCAAGGCUGGCUCAUUCAGACUCCAUCAUGCCAUGAAAGUCAACCCCAAGUCCUCCUCCAACAUAAAGUCAAAAAUUGUAAUAUACACACCAAUACACCAUGUCGUUCGGCUUCAGCCCAGGGGAUAUUGUCAUGUUUGGCAGGUUCCUCGUCCAGGUCCGCGGGGCACUCAAGGGCGACAGCGGUUCGCAGAUACAGUACAGCCGCGCCAUGAAGCAAUGCACCGACUUUGAAGCGAUCUUGGGGGAUGUAAGCAGGCUGGACCUCUCUCUGGCCUCGGGCACCUUCAAGGAACGACUCCGUGAGUGCAGCUUUGACACCCAAGACGUGAUCAAGGACUUCCGCGAGACUGUUGCGCGCUAUGAAAAGUCGAUGGGCGAGGCCUCCACGCGUGGGAAGCUCACGAGUGCUCCGAGAAAGAUUCAAUGAGCCUUUGACGCGGCCGAAGAUUUGGAAGAUUUCAGGAAGAGGCUCUGGUCUCAACUUGAGAGGAUGGAGCUAAUUCUCGGAUGC